AUGUCCGGUUUUGAUGCAAAUCAGGUCUUCACCGUAUCUGUUCAUGAUCAAGCAACACCAUCCGCUCCCGAAAACCCAUCUCAAACAGAGAAGCUCCUUCUCGAAUUCCUCCUCCAAUACCGCGUAGGUGGAGAGUUCAUAUAUAGGCGACCCAGGGACAAGCUUCGAGCCAAUUUCCUCCUCAAACAGUAUCAAUUGGAGGUUGACUUGCGUCAUAUAAGCCUUUACAACGAUGAGCUCGCACACGCUAUACAAGACCAGCCAGCAGAUAUUCUUAGAUUGUUUGAGAAUGCUGCUACAAAAGCUGCUCGGAUGAUCUUGAACCCUCUUGCAGGCGGGUCUGAUGAGCGCGCUGAAGCCGCACUACAGUCCAUGCCCAAGGUGCAAAUUACCAUUCGAUCUGGUUUAAACAUUCAAAGGUUUCGUGACCUCACUGCCGACACGAUGAACAAGCUCGUCCGUAUUCCUGGCAUCGUUAUCUCCGCCUCCGUAUUGUCUUCUCGGGCCACCAAGCUACAUCUUCAAUGCCGUGCUUGCAGAUCUACAAAGAUUAUUUACCCGUCUGAUGGCCUCGGAGGCGUAGGAGGAGGCUCAGAUCGCGGGCUGCCCCGUGUAUGCGAUGCCCCUGAGCUACCAAAUCAGAAGAAGGAUUGUCCGAUGGACCCCUAUGUCAUCAUUCACUCAAAGUCAUCGUUCGUCGACCAACAGACAUUGAAAUUGCAAGAGGCACCCGAUAUGGUCCCCGUCGGAGAACUACCAAGGCAUAUGUUGCUAUCCGCAGACCGCUAUCUUACUGGCAAAGUUGUCCCAGGCUCACGCAUAAUAGCAACGGGAAUCUAUUCCACUUUCAACUCUGCCAAGAACAAAUCAGCAGGUCCGGCAGCGCUUCGUCAACCUUACCUUCGAUUGAACCACAUAGAAAUGUCGUCUCCAAUGACAGGCGGUGGUGCAUCUAAUCCAUUCGGCGUCCAGUUUACACCUGAGGAAGAAGAGGAGUUUGGAGAGAUGGCCCGAAGCGAGGGCUUCUACGAACGCUUUGCGCGGAGCGUCGCACCCAGUAUAUUUGGUAGCCUUGAUAUUAAAAAGGCGAUAACGUGCUUGCUUUUUGGAGGAUCCAAGAAAGUGCUACCUGAUAGCAUGAGACUUCGAGGCGAUAUCAACGUCUUAUUGCUUGGAGAUCCUGGAACAGCCAAAAGUCAACUUCUGAAGUUCGUGGAGAAGGUUGCCCCAAUUGCGGUAUAUACGUCAGGAAAGGGUUCAAGCGCUGCAGGUCUCACAGCCUCCGUACAAAGAGACUCCAUCUCCCGAGAAUUUUACUUGGAAGGAGGUGCUAUGGUGCUUGCUGACACAGGUGUUGUGUGCAUUGAUGAGUUUGAUAAAAUGCGCGACGAAGACCGUGUAGCAAUACACGAAGCCAUGGAACAACAGACAAUUUCCAUAGCAAAGGCUGGCAUAACAACUGUCUUGAACUCUCGGACGAGUGUACUAGCUGCCGCUAAUCCGGUAUGGGGUCGGUAUGAUGAGGGACGAAGUCCAGGGGAGAACAUUGAUUUUCAAACGACCAUCUUGUCACGGUUCGACAUGAUCUUCAUUGUCAAAGACGAACAUAACGAACAGCGCGAUCGGAUGAUCGCAAAACAUGUGAUGGAUAUCCACAUGAACCGCCCAAACCAAAAUGCAGGAGAAAAUGGUGAGGUCGUUGGUGAAAUAGAUAUAGACAAAAUGAAGCGAUACAUUGCCUACUGCAAGGGCAAAUGCGCCCCACGGCUUUCCGCGGAUGCCCAAGAAAUGCUUAGCAGCCAUUUCGUCAGCUUACGAAAGCAAGUCCAACAGGUUGAGAGGGACAACGACGAGCGAAGCUCAAUCCCCAUCACCAUACGACAAUUGGAGGCUAUCAUCCGGAUUUCGGAGUCGUUGGCCAAGAUCACACUGUCACCUGUCGUUCAGAAUCAUCAUGUUGAAGAAGCUAUUCGUCUCUUCAAGUUCUCUACCAUGGAUGCCGUCUCUGCUGGCUCGGUCGAUGGCAUGUCUCGGGGUGAACUGAACGAUGAAAUGUCCCGGAUUGAGAAGGAACUCCGACGACGACUUCCUGUGGGAUGGAGUACGAGCUACCAGAGUCUGGUCAGAGAGUUCGUCACACAACAAGGAUACUCAAGUCAUGCCCUGGAGCGGACGCUCUUUGUCUUGGAAAAGAGGGAGAUCAUCCGAUUUACUGGACAGAAAAAGGUCGUUCAUCGGGUGGGUGUUUGA